GGGAAAGAGCUUGCCCUGGACCUCUCAGUACAUCCUGCUUUUUGCUUGACCCUGCAGCUGGAGAAGGUGUAUGACCCAAAGAAUGAGGAAGAUGACAUGCGGGAGAUGGAGGAGGAGCGGCUGCGCAUGCGGGAGCACGUGAUGAAGAAUGUGGACACCAACCAGGACCGCCUCGUGACCCUGGAGGAGUUCCUUGUAUCCACGCAGAGGAAGGAGUUCGGGGACACCGGGGAGGGCUGGGAGACAGUGGAGAUGCACCCUGCCUACACGGAGGACGAGCUGAGGCGUUUUGAGGAGGAGCUGGCUGCCCGGGAGGCAGAGCUCAAUGCCAAGGCCCAGCGCCUCAGCCAGGAAACCGAGGCUCUGGGGCGCUCCCAGGGCCGCCUGGAGGCCCAGAAGAGAGAGCUGCAGCAGGCCGUUCUGCAAAUGGAACAGAGGAAACAGCAGCAGCAAGUCCACAACAACCCAGCACCCGGCCCCGAGGGACAGCUCAAGUUCCACCCAGACACAGAUGAUGCACCUGUCCCAGCUCCAGCUGGUGACCAGAAGGAUGUGGAUCCUUCAGAAAAGAAAGUUCCAGAACAGACCCCCAAGCUGCCCCAGCUGGAGUCACAGCACCUGUGAUCCUUCCGGGACCCCAGUACUCUGGGUUCCUACUGAAGCUGAUGGGAGGGGGAUGAGGUGUCACAAUCAACCUCCUUUGGGGGCCUGGCAACACCUGUGGCCUGCUGGGUGGGGUAGGGUGCGGGGACAGGAUGGCACUUUCCAUACUGCUGCCCAAGCCCUGUAUCUGCUGCCUCAGCUUCCACAGCCUUCCAGUCUGUGGUCCCUUCUUUCUGUCCCCCUCCGAGGGACCUGCCUUCGCUUGUCCAGUCAAGUGCUCACUGGCUCAGCCUCCCUCCCAAAAGGGUCUGCUCCAUGCCUGCCUUUCUAGUUGCUUUGGCCUCAAUGCCCAGGUUGUGGCCACUCUGGAAUCCUGCAUUCCCACAGCUACUGGAAUCCUGCCUGCUGCUCUGGGCCCAGCUUCUGUUGGUUUAUGGGGCUUGGGUGGUCCC